GCAUCCAUUCUUUGUACUUCUCUUUCCUGACUAAAAAAGCUGAAAGCAACCAACACCCUGUCCUUAUUAUAUCUCCUUUCUUUCCUUUCUUUCUCAAGCUUAAAAUACCCACAAGCGACCCCAUUUUUGGAAAAUGCUUUUUCAAAUUGUUAAAAUAUUCACUUUUACCUGUUAAACAGACCACAUCAUCCAUAUCCUUUUUGGGUUUCAUUCUUCUUCUUCUCCUUCUUCUCCUUCUUCAACUUUCUACACAGUUUCACCUUCUUAAAUGGCUAACAAGGUGACUUUGUGAAUUGUAACUCCGAUUUCGUUGGAAGUCUUUGAACUUGGCAGUGUUGUUAGUCAUUAUCACGUGUUUUCACCACUCUCUGGUGCAGCAUCCUGGUGUGUGGUAUACAGAAAGGGGAGCAAAGAAAGACAAGAGGGGCUGAAAAAGUGCAAGUGUUUUUGGUAUGGACUGGAAUCUGAAAGCAGCUUCUUGGGAUUUGAGUGAAGUGAAUCAGGCAAACUUACCCAACAUGGAAACAGUGGAAGGCUCAAGCAGAUAUGGAAUGUUUACAAGUAAGGGGGAAUUUUCAGUUGACUUGAAGCUUGGUCAGGUGGGGAAUUCUGGCACAGAAUCAGUGUUGACCAAGUCCAAAGAUGCUGUAGGACUCUCCAAAAUCUCAUCCUCAUCUUCAUCUUCUGGCUCAUCUAAGAGAGCUCGUGCCCUUGGCAACGCCACACAGACAGUCUCAUGUCUUGUCGAUGGCUGCCACUCUGAUCUCAGUAACUGCAGGGACUAUCACAGGCGCCAUAAGGUCUGCGAAGUUCAUUCCAAAACUGCACAAGUCACAAUCGGAGGCCAGAAACAAAGGUUCUGCCAGCAGUGUAGCAGGUUCCAUUCACUGGAGGAAUUUGAUGAGGGGAAAAGGAGCUGCAGGAAGCGAUUAGAUGGGCACAACAGACGGAGAAGAAAGCCCCAACCAGAACCUCUAACGCGGUCUGGUAGUUUUUUGUCGAAUUACCAAGGUACCCAGUUGCUACCUUUCUCAAGUUCACACGUAUACCCAUCGACUACCGUGAUGAAUCCGACAUGGGGUGGAAUUGUUGCUUCUGGUGAUGUUAGGAUUCAUGGACACAACCAACAGGGUGAGCUUUUUCUUGGGACUUCUCCAACCGGUUAUAAAGAAGGGAAACAGUUGGCCUUCCUGCAAGGUGACCACACUCUCAACAACCAAAGCCCACAUCUCGCGGGUGCUUCCGUGGGCCAGGCCCAUAUGUUUCUGAGGACCGGCCCGUAUUCUGAAAGUAGUGGGCUGAGGUGUAAAAUGUUGUGCGAUAGCCUAACGAGCUCGGUCCACGACUCCUCCUCUCGUGCUCUCUCUCUUCUGUCAUCACCACAGCCGCACAGUCCUGGAAAUGGGUUGAGCCAAAUAGUGAACCCGCAUUCGCCCCUUAUGCAGCCAUUGGGCCUCAGCCUGCAUGAUGGUAACAGCUUGGGGCCCGUGGACCCGGUUUUGGGCCUGAAUGGGAGUGACCAUUCUUCGUCGAUGUAUAACAUAGGUUCUAAUGGAUCGCAGGGGAACGAAGCCUCUCCAGUGUUUCCCUUUCAAUGGGGAUAGAAUCGUCUUUAUUUGAAGGAUUCUUUUCUCUGGCACUAUUUAAAUUCUGAAUUUAUCUUUCAUGAAGCCAUGAACUACCUAUUAUCACGUUAUCAAAAUUAUGGUCUCAAUUUUUUUCAUCUCA